CGGUGAAACUUCGGAAAUGGUGUCGAAAAGACUUGGACGCAUUACGUGGCUAUUAUUUUUGUCUCACAUAUGGAUAGCUAAGAGCUGGGAUACUGAUGAUCUUGAACUUUUUGAUCUGGUUGAAGAGGUCAACCGAAACUUCUAUGAAGUUUUAGGCGUAGACCAGGCUGCAAGUAGCUCAGAAAUCAGAAAGGCCUACAGAAAACUUUCCUUGCAGCUUCAUCCAGAUAAAAACAAGGACCCGGAUGCUGAAGCCCAAUUUAGACAGCUUGUUGGUGUGUAUGAAGUGCUCAAAGAUGAAGAAAAGCGUAAGAGGUAUCAUCUUGUCCUUGAAAAUGGGUUACCAGAUUGGAGACAACCUAUAUAUUACUACAGACGAGCUCGUAAGAUGGGAAUGUUUGAGUUACUGGGAUUAUUAUUUAGUAUUCUUACUCUUGGUCAUUACAUUGUUUUAUGGGCUUCAUAUGCAGAAAGAAAAUUUACAGUCUCUGAAAACUUCACUGAUAGAAUGAAGAAAAUGGAAUCAAAGAAUAGAAAAAUCCGAGGGAAACUUGAAGAUCAGAUUGAGGAGGAGAUGGAAUUAGCCCUUCAGUUAGUUCCUAGACCAACAUUGUCAAAGCUAUGGCCAGUUAGACUUACUUUAGCAAUAAUCAACCUUAUAAGGAUUUCCCCUACGCUAAUAAGACAACUAGUAGAGUAUAUAAAACACAGACAAGAAUUAAAGAAGAUAGAAGAACAAGAAUCUGAAGAGGAAGAGGAGACUGAUGAUGUUGUGAAGAAGGUGAAAAGAAAAGUAAAACAAGAGUUUCCAGAGUACAUCCCACAGACUGACGGUCCAGUUGUAUAUACACCUAUUGGAUAUGAUGAUGAUGAACAGAACUUACAGGUUGUGGAGAAAAAGGGAAAAUGGAGCCAAGAAGAGAUGGCCAACUUAGCUAAGGCUGUAAGUAAGUUUCCUGGAGGUACACCUGGGAGAUGGGAAAAGAUUGCUGUUUUUAUGGAAAGACCUGUUGCAGAGGUGACAGCCAAAGCCAAAACAUUGAAAGGAUCUUAUAACAUUACAGCAAAUACCAGUUUACAAGGUGGAAUGUUGAAACAGCCAAAGAAAUCUCAAACAAUUACAGAUGAAAUGAUAUCUCAAAAUGAAGAAUUACCUACUGUUGAUGGAGAUAUAGGUGAUAGUCAGGUUAGACAAAGGAAAAAUAAAAAGACUGCCAAUAAAACAGUCAAAGAUAAUAGUGAACCAGGAGGGAGAGUCUCAGAACAUACAGAUAGUAGUAACUCAAAACAAAAAAUUACAAGUAAUGGUAAGAUUAACUCUCUACCAAAUGGAACUGAUGUAUCAUCAACUCUAUCUAAAUCAGGUAGUGCUGCUAAAUUGACUGAUGAUUCAGAUGGAUGGAAUAAAAAUCUACAAACCAUAUUAGAAUGGGCAUUGAGACAACAUCCCAAAGGUACAGACCAAAGAUGGGACAAAAUAGCACAGCAUAUACCAGGAAAAUCUAAGGAGGAAUGUAUAGUCAGAUUUAAAUAUUUAGCUGAUCUAGUCAAGAAGAAGAAAGAACAAAACACACAAGAACAAUAAUAUCUAAUGAAGUAAAGGGACAGUGCAACCCAAGAAAAUCAGUAUCUGUGUAAUAAACAAAAGAUUUUUUUACUUCAAUCAAGAAAUUUAGAAAGCCAAAGAUACUCUUACGUACAGAUGUUGAAGAGUUAUUAUAAAUGCUGUUGACAGUUCUAUUGGAGUUAUUUAUUUGGACUUCUGUCAUACAAUGUUGUAUUAAUAAAUUUUUAUAGAAGUUGUACAA